UCUUCUUCAUUUGUGUUUUCCCCUAAAUUCUCCCAAAUAUCAUUUGUUUGCCGAAUUUAGAAUUCCAUUAAAACUUUGUUUCUUCUUCUUCUUCUUCAAAUAUGUUCACAUCACCGUUGGAUUUCGACUUUGCAAAUUACGGCGACGAUAUGCACAUAGACCUGCCUCCUGGUUUUCGAUUCUAUCCCAGCGACGAAGAGCUCAUCACUCACUACUUGUCGAAGAAGGCUCUCAAUCCUCUCUUCUCCUGCUACGCCAUUACCGACGUCGACAUUAACAAAGUCGAGCCGUGGGACCUGCCUUGGAAAGCGAAAACGGGGGAGAAGGAAUGGUACUUCUUCUGCGUUAGAGAUUUGAAGUACCCGACCGGGAUGCGGGCGAACCGGGCCACUCCCGCCGGCUACUGGAAAGCCACCGGAAAAGACCGGGAAAUUCUCAAAGGGGAAAAGCUUGUCGGAAUGAAGAAAACCUUGGUCUUCUACCAAGGGAGAGCCCCCAAGGGGGUGAAGUCAAACUGGGUCGCGCACGAGUUCCGAUUGGACGAAAGCUUCAAGCUACCCGCGUCCGCGAACACUGAAUAUGUGAUCAGCAGAGUGUUUCAGAAGGCAAAGGGAGGGAAGAAAGUCAACAUUUCCGAGAUGAGGAGAGUCGAACCGGAGAUCAGAGCUCCAGCAACGGCGACGUGGCCCAAUUCGAUGAAGCUCGAACCGGGGCAGGAACGCGUGCACUGCUUCUCCAGCAGCGUCAACAACUAUCCCAUUGUGCCAAAUAAUGGGGAAUCUUCUUCAUUGUUGCCCAAAUCUGAGUUUGCACCUGCUCAAACUGAUGAUGGCUUCACCUUCCCUGAUUUCUAUUCCUCGGGAGGAUACUACCCUUUUGGUGAUGUUCUAUAAAUUCAAAGUGUUAGAAACAAACGAAACAGGGAUUUUGAUUUUGAUUUUGAUGUGUUUGGAGUGGCUAGAAAAAAAAAAUGUGUGUGCAAAUUAGUGCACAAUUUUUGUAUUUUGAUUUUUGUUUUUUCUUAUGACAUUAGAAUCAUUAGAGAAUGAUUGUAUGUACAUAGGAAUUGUGAAAGUCAUUAUAAAA